AUGAUCAUAAUCCCAGUCCAUAACCAAUUAAGUUUGAACAAGACGUCACGCCUCUGUACUUUAAAUCCGGAAGACACGCCCACAGCGAACUUGUGCACCGGCGGCACAAAGCGAUUGGCCAAGGCGCGCUGUCAAUCACGGAUCUCUGCCGUUCCUUCUGUUCCGCAAACGAGACUUUACACAGAUGUGUUUCAGGCGAGAUCAGUUGAGGCGGUGGGACUUCGUUCGCGCAGCGGGAUCAACUUCUUUCCGAGGGUCUACCGUCUCCUACUCGGUCUCCUUGAGUUCAAUGUAACAGACAUCGUAAGCAGCAUAGGUCAAGCCACUCCGAAUAGGAAGUCCGCCAGCCCGACCUCCUUCAGGCUCACGGAGAAAUUCAUCCUGCUUUUAGUGUUCAGCGGCUUCAUCACCCUGUGUUUCGGAGCUAUCUUCUUCUUGCCUGAUUCGUCAAAGCUGCUCAGCGGAGUUUUCUUCCGCUCGUCCUCGGUGGAGGCAGAGACGCGCACAGGUACGGUCAGUGACACCAGCACCGGCACGGGCAAGGAUGAGAAGAUCCUGGCCAAGAUCAGAAAAGACCACGAAAAGGCGCUGAUUGAGGCCAAGGACACCCUACAGAAACGUCCGGACGAGAUCAAGCAGGACAUCAACAGCGACAAAGAGAAACUUGCUCUAAACGGACAGGGGAAAGGAUCGAAAGGUGACAGUUUGCCGUUCCUUCAGUACAUGCGGCCGCCUGGAGCAACAGGGCACGAGCCCGCCGAUCCGGACGUUAAAGCGAAAAGAGCCAAGAUAAAAGAGAUGAUGCAGUUUUCUUGGGACAAUUACAAGCGCUACGCCUGGGGCUCCAACGAACUGCGUCCCGUCUCUAAGCAAGGCCACUCCAGCAAUUUGUUUGGUGAGUGUCUGCCUAGAGUGUCUCUCUGACCAUGAAACUAUGAUUCGUGCACGUACAGCUUCACGUCCCAACAUUAAAU